UAACAAGUGCAUUCUCACAGCUUACCUUUGGAUAAUUUAUGAAAGGAAAUCUAGUCCACAUUAAUACUUCCUACAAAGAUAAAUAGUAAUGUCCGGGUAUGAGGAUCGGGCUCUGCUGGAGCUGAAUCAGAGCAGGGAGACGUGGUGUCAGGUGGAGAUGAACCCCCGGCAGGGCUGGGAGAGAUCACAGAGGAGACAUUACCGGAGUCACUUGAAGACCAGCCCGGUUCUCCUUACAGCUCUGACCGGCAGACCGCAGCGCAGAGAGGCCUGCACCCAGCGGCCUGCCCCCGUCAAGCUCCCGGAGAGAAGGCACUUCGAGGAGGGCUAUAAAACUCACCUGGUCUAGAGAGCUGCAGCCUUAGAAGAUGACCUGAGCUCAUACUGCAGAUACACCAGGGACCCAGACGUGGGGCAACUUUCAAUAUUUUAUUUUCACAACUAAUAUAUGACGUGAUACAAAACCCCAAAUACGCUGGAGAUCAUGGCACAUGAGGUCUUAAAACAUUUGAUUGUACUUGUUAUUGACAGUACUGAAAUUAAAAACUCAUUUUUAAAAAAUAAUUUCCAUGCAUCACUCGCUUUGGUCAAGAAAGACACAUCUCAUUAAUUAUUAAAAUCAUCUGCAAGACUUUGCAAAAAGCUUCUAGCUUGUGUGAAACUUAAUAAAAACCUCAAAAGUAAAGAAAAACCUUUCUGAUAUUCAAACGUUAGCAGUGUUCAUCACGUGUUUAAAAAAGUUCACAGCCUCGCAGUGAAACACUGAGGGGCGGACAGUAGUAAUAGGGCAUCGUCACUGAUUUCUAGAAUCGAUUCGAUUCCGAUUCACAAGGUCCCGAA